AUGGGUAUCAUGCAGAGUGGAGAGAUCAAGACUGGUUUUGGAAUGCUACCCAACUGCGUCGUGGGAGGUGUUCGCGCCGGAAAAUCUCGAAAACCCAUGGCGAAUACCACAUCUGCCCCAUGA